AUGACGACCUCCGGCGAUGAUGUUGGUGCUUUCUCGCGCUUCCUGGACCUUCCGCCAGAGCUGCGAAUCAUGAUCUGGAAAUUGUGUUUACCGCAUCGAAUACACGAGCUGGACAAGGUUCAUUACGCGCCCGAUGAAGGCGACUUUGCAUUUAUCUGCGGGGCUCAAAUGACAACGCAUGCCAACCUUAGGCCACCGGCCAUCUCCCGUGUAUGCUAUGAGUCUCGCACUGUGGCUUUGCAAAGUCGCGUCUUACGCCCGCAUGGAGAAAUGCUCGAAGACGCCCGGUGGGAAGAUGAAGGCCCUGCUGAAAUCACAAAGGGCUUUAUUGAUCCAUCCAGAGAUAUGGUGCACCUGAAUGACUCUAAUGGCUUUCCGCAUGGAAAUGAAUAUUAUUCUGCAAUCGCAUAUCUUGCCUGGCAUGCGGAGAACUCUGCACAAGGAGGUUCUCUGAACUUGGAUAAUAUAUGCUUCCAUUGCCCAGAGGCUCUUAGCGGAAUACCCAACUUGGUGGUCAUUACAAAAACCAUUGUUAUACAUGCCAGCGCCAGAUAUUGCAGAAAAACAGGAUUAUUUGGACUCUUGGGCGAUGCCCCUAUUCAGCUUGUUGAUCUUGCCGACGAAGAGAGACUGAAGGCAUUCUUUGAUUUGGCAGAAAAAACACAGAAGAAGGGCCAUGUCACCUUCGCCCAAGACCUGCAGAGAAAGCCAUCUGAAAUUCUUCAACAAGAAUUUGAAAACUUCCUGGCUGGAAGACUUGGCAGCCCAUACAAUGAUCAAAACCCGCCGCCGCCCAUGCGUCCAGUGAGGAUGUUCCGAUUAUGUACCGAUAUGUGUAACAACUCAGAAGAUGCAGAAGACGGAUUCCUUCCCCCGCCUGAAACUAGAUUUGUUUUACCGUCAAGUUAUCGAGGGCGCGAAUCCGAAUUGAGUGAGGAGCAAACCAGGCUAUACCGUUUAAGAGGCUGUCGCGGAAACAAAGUCGUUGCAUAG